UCCUUCGUCCCCAAACAAACUCUCCCUCCUUAUCACCACCUUUCAUCAUCUCUCCCUCCAUCUCAUCACCACGGCCACGUCAUCACCGUCCACCAUGGCCGGACCCGGGUCUGACAGUUCCAAGCCGCCGCAGCAGCCACAAGUCCGCAAGCCGCCGGCCCAGGCCAGCUCGAGAAAAGGCUGCAUGCGGGGGAAAGGCGGGCCCGAGAACGCACUCUGCACCUACAAGGGAGUCCGCCAGAGGACGUGGGGCAAAUGGGUCGCCGAGAUACGCGAGCCCAACCGCGGGGCCCGCCUCUGGCUCGGCACCUUCGACACCUCCCACGAGGCCGCCCUCGCCUACGACGCCGCGGCCCGCAAGCUCUACGGGCCCGAGGCCAAGCUCAACCUGCCCGAACUGCUGCCGCUCCAACAACAACACCACCACGCCAACAGCUCGGGCAGCUUCGGGCAGGCUGCCCCUUUUGUUGGGGCUGUGGACCCCACGCAGUCCCUGAAACGCGAAACACUUGGUUUCGCGGUUUCGGGGACUGCACCAACUGGUUCUGCUUCUCUCUCCUCUUCUCCUUCUUUGUCCUCUUCUUCGUCUUCCUCCUCCAACAACGUGCUGCCAACCAUGGGCAGCUUCGACCUGCCGGCGAUGGUGUUCGGCGGCAGCGGCGGCAUGGGGUACUCGAAUUCGAGCGGGGACGAGGUAGGGGGGAGCGAGUUCUGGUCGAACUUGCACGUGAACUUGCCGCUGUUUGACGAUUCCAUAUGGGCGGAGGCUGCCAUGUCGCUGGACUUCCCGAUGCAAGAGCCGGCGGGGAUGUUCGCCGGAGGGGCGAUGGAAGGAGGGAGCGGGUGGGACGCGGCCACCACAACUCCAUGGUGCAUGUAAAUUGUAAAUUAAACACACUUUUCAUUU